AUGGCCCUUUAUUUCCUGUACCCCGCUGUGGCCGCCCUGGCCUUGUUCAUCGUCGGCGUCAUUAUAAUUAUGUUGCGCUAUGGGCCACGACUCUGUGGCCUGCGCCAUCAUGCGCUCCCUGACAACCAUGACCUCAGGGAGAAGACAUACGAGCAUGAGAUAAGCUAUGCAUAAUUCGAUGCGCUCUUUCUUCAAUAUUAUUACUAUUUACACAUUCUGGCAAUGUUAUAUAGACAUUGCUCUAUAUAUCUUCCCCCCGAAACUAACCUUAGUCACUGUAAGUCCCCCAUUACUAACCGUCUUUUUGCACCCCAAGAAUAAUUAUUUUGCAUGCAGUACAAAUAGCUUCAUUUAGUGUCCAAGCAGAUCCAUUUCUAUUUAUCAUAUCAAGACAAUGUGCCUUCGAUGUAGAGACUCGUGAGUAAAUUAUGCCGUCCAAGUGUCUUCUAGUAUUGUAAGAUCCAAUAUGUAAUUAAAAUUUAAUGUAUUUACCCCUUUUCGAGAAGUUUACAGAAUCUGCAUUUAAUGUAAUCCUCCAUUUUGAUUCGUUUAUUUGUCUAACGCAAACUCUAUACAUUUGUAUUUCGUUCUUAUUUUGUAAACCCAACCCAUUAUGGUACAGUACAGAAAUCAAAUAAAGCUCCAUUUUACAUUUCCGUAA